AUGGACCAAGGCGGCUCAAGUUUACCAUUUAAACCACCUUUUAUAAUGUCACGAAGUGAACUGGAUCCGAAUCCGUAUGGAAAUCGAAAUCCAUCGUUUGGUGGUAAUAACUUAUAUCAGAUUUCAAUGAAUCUGAGAGAACAUAUUCUUAUAGAUCCAUUAGGUGGCUCUGCAUCGAGACUGAUGAGACCUUCAAAAUGUCAUGAACCCAGUCCUGAAAUAUGCCUUAUCAAUCCUAAGUUGCACUUGCUCAAUGAUUCGUUGGUUGUAAUCAAACCUCUCCUGUCAUCAGAUUUACUAAAAUCUCAGAUAAUAGAGAAACUUGCAUCACCUUCAAAUCUGACAAUUGAAAAAGAAGCCAUCUUCAGUGGGACAAACAUUAAUGCUAUAAACAAUCAUAUCGAAAGAACAGUACCCAAAAAACCUCUUAUCUUAUUGGAUGGACAAAAUCAAUUUACUAGUGGUUGCAAAGCGUUUCCGCUGCCGGCUGUACAAACUUCAGGAAAGAUCAGUGAUAGAAAAGACGUCACAUCCGAAUCUUCUCUAAUAAAUAAUACGACAAAAACUGAUAAUGAAAUUAUUGUGUUAAAAGCGAAAAUUGAUUCUCUCUAUUCAAAAUUGAAGGAAAUUCAACAGAAACACCACAAUACUGUUCAAAAUUUGCAAGAAGAUGAGGAAGGUAAGCUCGGCAAUAACAACAACAGUAUCGUCAAUGUUAAUUAUGAUGGAAGUGAACAUUUGAAAAUUAAUAAUGAAACUGAAGAAUCUAUCAGCUGUACAAAUAAAACAAUUACUCAGGUUUAUCAGCAUCAUACAAAUAGUAAUCAGAAUAAAGGGAUAUUGAAGCAGCAGAAUAAUGAAGACACGAUGAAUUCUAUGGAACAGAAAAAGUUAGGACUAUCGAGACAAUUGUGCUGUACAUGGGAAAACAAUGAUCAGUUUGGGAAAACAGAGUUAAGAGUUUCCAAAAAGCCCUUAAACUCGUCUGAAACUUUCCAAGAAAAAACAUCAGGUGAAAAGGAAGAGGAUGCAGACAUCGUUUUGAUGGACUAUUUUAAAGAAACGAUAGAAAAAGAAAUGAAAAAUAAUGAUCAAAAUCCAAUGAGCAACCAAAUUGGCGAAUUCAAUUCCGCAAAUCCAGUUGAGCCAAACAAAAACUAUGACGUUGGCGGAUUGCGAUCUUCCGAGAGAACGUUGCAGCAAGCGGAUAAAUUAAAGGAUCAUCAGUACAGGAAUAGUGCUUCCUAUAAGCUGGGAACAAAGGAUACGAUUAUUGCAAUGAAACGAAUCCAAGAAUUCUGGAAUGCCACAUAUCUCUCACCUUGUAUCAAAAAAGCAAAGAAUCUGGACACCAGUAUUCAACAUGAAAACGUAGUUCAAAAUAUUAGACCCUGCUUUCCUCGAGCUAAUUAUUCCACACAAUCACCAACCGUAGGGAUUCAACAACCGAUGUCCGGUUUUCAACUUCCAGUACGAUUUGGAUCAAUGCUGUGCUUCCCUAAUUUAUCAAUGUCUGCAGAAAACCAUUCAUAUUUUGCGAAUCCAUACAGUUCGUUCUCACAAUCAGAACCAGCUCCGUUCUUGACACCUAGUCAACCAUUAAAACAGUCCUUACCAACGAUGACUACUCCAAUACAGGCUUAUCAACAGUAUCCAAACCCUUUGCUGAAUGUGCAAUUUUCAUCAGUUGAUAAUGCAGUAAACGCUAUUCCUAAUUGUCCAAUCAGUUACUUACUGCCACAGAAUAACUCCAUGAACGAGAAUAAACUGUUACUUAAAAAUGGGUUAGUUUAA